AAUUCAAAAUCCAAGAUACCCUUGGUCAUUUAGUCAGGUUUCACCGUCUAAUGCACAUAUCGAAAACCAAGAUCACAAGCGGAACUUUUUUCCCCUUUCCCCCUCUACUGUUUCCUUCCCUUUCCCCCAAAACCCUUGCCCCGUUUCCCUCAAAACCCACAUAAUUCUUGACAAAAAAUCGUUCUUUCCUCCAUUUUCUUGACAAAAUUGUGAUUUUUCUUUCGUUUUAGGAAAACCCUCAAAGAAGAGUGUAAAAAAAUGAAGGAAAAUGGCGGUGGUGGCGAUUCUUUGCCAGACGAGCAGAGGUGUAAAAGAAGCGACGGCAGGAAAUGGCGGUGCGGGCGGCCGGUGAUGGAUGGGAGAACUCUCUGUGAGACGCAUUUUCUUCAAGGUCGUCACCGUCAACAUAAGGAACCGGUUCCUGAGAAUUUGAAGCUGGAGAGACAAAUAACCAACCGAAAAUCCGAAGAAAAAAACCCUACUGAGAAGAGUGAAAUUAGGGCUAAUGGGAAUGUGGAUUCUUCCAAUUUACCCAGAAAAAGGGGUAAAAGAAAGCUCCUUGAUGAAGAAAACACAGGCGAGAGUCAUGAAACCAGGCAAAAAGGAGUCGUGGGUAGCUCAAAUCUGCAUCGGAAACUACGUAAAAGAAACCAAAAAGAGGCAAAAUCGAAAUCAUCCAUGGAUAUUUCCGAAGAUCUUGACGAUGCUUUAAGAAAGAUGAAUUUGAAGAAGGGGGAUUUGCAAUUGGAUUUGAUUAGAGGGUGUCUCAAUAGACAAAUUGAGAAGAAAAAAGGGAAGCAACCACAAAAAGAGGAUAUAGUGAAAGAAGAUAUCGUGAAAGAAUUAAAGUACGGAAGAUUGGAAAUUUCACAAUCUUCACCAUCAACAACACCCAUCACAGUCAACAAUGCAGCUCUUUUGAAUGGCAAAAUUGGGGUUUCUCCCUCAAGUUCCAUGCCUACUAGGUUUUUUAGGUCAAAAAACAUCGAUAGAGUACCUAUCGCCACAAUGCAGAUUUUACCAAGUAUAAAAGCUAAUGUAAAAGCCGCUACAAAGAAGUGCCAUUGGUGUAGGAUGUGUAGCUAUCGUGUUCUUGUCAAAUGUUUGACUUGCAAAAAACAAUUCUUUUGUGAAGAUUGCAUCCGUCAGAGGCUUCUUGAUAAGGCAGAUGUCAAGAAACAGUGCCCUGUUUGCCAUGGAACUUGCAAUUGCAAACUCUGUAUAAGGGGAAAAUCAAAAGAAGUGAAAAGUAAGGUUCAGGAUCUUGUUGUUUAUAGUGGUGAAGGGAAGUUUGACAAAGGUCAACAACAUCUUUACAUGAUCCAUUUGCUCCUUCCCUUGCUUGAACAAGUAAAUCAAGAAAAGAUUAUUGAGUUGGAUAUUGAAGCUAAAAUUAAAGGAGAAGAUCAAAGUGAGCUACAAAUACAGAAUGCUAUAGGCUCCCCAAAACAACGGUGUUGUGGUUUUUGCAAAGCUUGCAUUGUGGAUGUUCACAGAAGCUGUGGAAAAUGCUCUUAUAUUCUUUGUUUACCUUGUUGUCAAGAAUUUCGUGAGGGACAUUUACAUGGUGGACUUAGAGAUCUUAAAAACACAACAGCAGAUAAACGAAGAUCUUUAUGCACGAUUUUAUGGAAUUGGAAAACUAAUGAAGAUGGAAGUAUAAAUUGUCCACCAAAGAAUUUAGGUGGUUGUGGGGACAAUAUACUCACUUUAUUCUCUCAUCACCCGUUCAAUUGGACUAAAGAUCUUGAAGCAUCUGCAAAAGAAAUAGCUUCCACCUCAAAUUUCACAAAAAGUUUCAAUCUUGACACUUCAAGUUGUGCACUAUGUGAUGAAAAUGACAAAAACGGGGAAAAGGUUGAAAUCUUGAUUGAAAACAAGUGUUUGUAUUUCUCGAUUACUCAAGAUCAAGAUUUGGAGGACAAAAAUCUUGAACAUUUCACGAAGCAUUGGGUCAAAGGUCAACCGAUUAUUGUUAAAGAUGUCAUCAAGAAUGAUUUGGAGUUGAAUUGGGAUCCGGUUUUUAUGUUUUGUAUGUAUCUUGAAAGAAGUGCAAAAUCAAGAAAUGCAAAAGAAUCAAAAUUGAAAAUUUGUUCAGAUUGGUGUGAGGUGGAACUCGGUAGGCAGCAGAUUUUCAUGGGUGGGAAAACACACGCGAAUGUGUGGCAUGAGAAGUUGAAAUUUAAAGUUUGGUUAUCUUCAGGAUUCUUUCAAGAACAUUUCCCUAGUCAUUUUGCUUCUAUAAUGCAUGCUUUACCUCUUCAAGAGUAUAUUAAUCCAGUGUUAGGGGUACUAAAUUUGGCAGCAAAUAUGCCACCAGAAAGUCAAAAGACGGAUUUGGGUCCGUUUGUUUAUAUUUCAUAUGGUAGACCCGAAGAUGUUAUGGGUGGUGAUUUUUUAACAAAGUUGUGUUAUCAUGCAUAUGAUAUGGUUAAUAUUCUUGUGCAUGCUACGGAGCUUCCAAUAUCCGAGAAAAAGCUGAAUAAAGUAAAGAUUUUGUUGGACAAGUAUUCACAAGAUCAUAAUGAGACUCCAAAGAAGAAUAAAACCAAGAACAAAGUUGAUGAACAAUGUGGGAAAUCAUCAUUUAGUAGUGAAGUAACUCAACAAUCAGAGAUGGAGGACAACACAAAUGAAGAACUCACUCAAAUACCCAAAGUUGACCCGGUUGACCCAUGUGUGUUUUCUGAUGAUGAUUCAAGCAUUGGUGAUUCGGAUGAUGAAGAUAUGUUUGAAGAAGAGUUUGGAAGUCCAAGGGGUAACAAAGAGGAAAUUGUUGACACUCGUGGGGCCCAAUGGGAUGUUUUUCGUAGACAAGAUGUUUCAAAGCUUGUUGAGUUUCUUAGAAAGUAUUCCAAAGAGCUUAACACAUCCUCUUGUUCACCCAAAAAGGUUGUUCAUCCGAUUCUUGAUGAGAGCUUCUACUUGGAUGCUUUCCAUAAGAAGUAUCUCAAGGAAGAAUUUGAUGUGGAACCAUGGACAUUUGAGCAACGUAUUGGUGAAGCUGUCAUCAUUCCAGCUGGAUGCCCCUAUCAAGUAAAGAAAAUUAAGUCAUGUGUUAAUGUGGUUCUUGAAUUCAUCUCACCUGAAAGUGCAUCCAUGGGCAUCAAGUUGAGUGAUGAAAUCCGUCAACUUCCAGUAAAUCACAAAGCAAAAGGAAAAAUGCUGGAGGUCAAGAAAAUGACUAUUCAUAGUGUAAAUGCUGCUGUUGAAGAAAUCCGGAAAGUAUCACAAGCAGAAAUUAGUGACAAAGUAGAGGAGUAGAGAUGAAGAGUUACUAGUGAACUUGGCAUAUGAUCAAAUCUCACCAUGUGAUAUAUCAAAACGGGAGGAUGAUAUUCAAUGUUCAUGAUCCACUGUAGAUCAACCGAUUGUGCAGAUGAUACAUACAUGGUGGUGUUCUUGAUUUGAAAUAAUGGAGUUUGGAAGAAGGCAAAUGGGUUUUUGGCUUCAAUUUGUUCUUGAAAAAGAAAUUAAAAUUGAAGAUGUUCUUGAGGACUCUGAAUCCGGAUGAAGAUGAAGCUGGUGAUCUGGAAAUGAAGCUAAAAAAUGGCAAAAAACAUAGCCAAAAAGAUAAAAUGUCUCUUUGAUCACAACCAAAGAACUGAAGAAGACACAGGAUUAAUAACCCAACAGCUUCACCAUGGACGCCAUUUUUGUCACCUCCAUUGUUACUCUAGAGUUCUGAUUCAACACUUUAGAUGUGAUAUAAUUUUGUACAGUUGUACAUUUGUAUGCUUCUCAACGAUAAUUUGUAUCUUUCAGUUCCAUUCAA